AUGAGGCGUCGUUUUCAUAGCGCAGGGGUAGCUCGGGACUCGGGCUGUGCACGUGUGCCAAUGCCCCGUGACCCCCAGACCCAGCUUGGCUACCCCAUCCUGCCAAGGCUGCCCCGUGCCCCCAUCCCCAGCUGGUUGCUCUUUCACCCAGGCAUUCCAUGGUCAGAGCACGUCAAGAGACGCCAAGUCCAGAACGCCCCCCUGGAAGUCACCUGUGCGUACACACUCCAAGCCACUCACUGGCUGUGUCACCUGGACAGUGACCUAAACUCUGCAAGCCUCAUUGAUUUCAUCCAUACGCUGCGCAGUCCUCUCGCAGCUGCGCCAGGACAGCCGGCGCGCCGCCGUGCCCACAAGUUGCCGGCAGCCGAGCGCGGCGCCGCCUCCUCUGCGCGCGGCCCCCUGCGCCCACCCGGCGGCGGUGGCCGGCUCCGGGACGCACGCCCCGGGGACGCCGACCCCAGAUGUGAAGCGGGCCCGCAGCCCCUCGCGCCCCCCGCCCCCCUCUCCCCGGCGCGAUCCGGAGUCUCGCCAGCGUCUUCCCUGCCAGAAACCCCGGGCUGGAAGAUGUGGCAGCCGGCCACCGAGCGCCUGCAGCACUUUCAGACCAUGCUGAAGUCUAAAUUGAAUGUCCUGACACUGAAGAAGGACCCCCUCCCCGCAGUCAUCUUCCACGAGCCCGAGGCCAUCGAGCUGUGCACCACUACGCCCCUGAUGAAGACCAGGACUCAUAGCGGCUGCAAGACUUUCCUGUAAACAAAUGAAAACAUACUUACUAUAGUUUGUCUCCCCAAUGAGGAAAGGUAAAAGUCGAUGUGAGCUACC